CAGGCUCCCACAAAUGUCUGUGGAGGGACACUCCACAUCCUCCAACCUCCGCUGCAUCUGUAACUCUCACGGUCAACAUGUCGACUGUCGAGGUCGAGACAGACGACCCCUUGUCUGGAGGCUUUACUGUACUGAAGCAGAAACUGGACCUCGACGUCAGCUUCUCUCCUCGCCUGAUUAAGGGAGCCACCACGCUCGAAAUCCAGCCGCAUUCGCCGCAACUCAAGGAAGUUCGGUUAAACUGUCGGCAGCUCAAGCCCACGUCCAUCACAGUCGAAGGCCGCGAUGUAAAGCCCGAAUACGACGACUUGUACCAACGCCUGCGUUUACAUCCCGGUACAGGCAUCGAACAAUACCACUUCCCCAAGGCCCGAAUCGCCCGCCAUGUCUCAGGAAUUGAGGACGAACUCAUUGUAAAUAUUCCCGAUAGGCUUAUUCGAGAAGUCGACUCUCCCACCAACGAACACCCCGAACAAAAGUCGUAUGCUUCGUUACAGAUCACAAUCACGUACACCCUGGACACCUUUCGCGACGGCUUCCACUUCGCUGGCGUGGAUGAUGGCGAUGCGCGGUAUCCUCACGCUUAUACGCGCAACUCGCACAUUCCCGGUGCAGCAUCCUGCCUUUUCCCUUGCGUUGAUGAUGGAACCACUCGGUGUAUCUUUGAUAUCAGCAUUCGAUACCCGCGGACAUUGGGCGAUGUGUUCGGAAAAUCUCGACUUGCGCUUUUCGCCGGCUCAGGACGUGUGGACGGGAUUGACAAGGCCGAUAGUGUCGUGAGCGACGGAGAUUAUGAUCCCGUUGAUUUCUCCGACGAAGAGAAAUCGAUGGAGAUGUCGGUCAUUUGUUCUGGCGAGUUGACUGAUGAUAUCUCCCAUCCUAGCGACUCUACCCGGAAAACUGCGAGCUUCACAUGCGCAGUCCCCGUCCUUCCCGGCCAUGUCGGUAUCGCAAUCGGACCGUUCGAGCAUGUGGACCUGUCCGAAUACCGCGACACACAGGACGAUGAGAGGCUUGGCUCCAACGCCAUAAGAGUCCACGCCUUCUGUCUCCCGGGAAGAGCCGAGGAAGUCCGCAACAGUGCCAUGAUGCUUGCCCGCACCCUCGAUAGGUUCACGGAGCGCUACGUGAGCUACCCCUUCGAGAAGGCCUUCAAGCUUGCCUUUGUGGAUGACCUCGGUUGUGACGUUGCGAACGCCGCUUCCUUUUCUAUUUGUAGCUCUCGACUCCUUUACCCGGAGACUGUUUGGGAACCUCUGGAAAAAACGACUCGAGUUCUAGUUCACGCUGUGGCCAGCCAGUGGAUAGGCGUGAACGUGAUUGCGCACAACUCAAGCGAUCAGUGGGUUAUUGUUGGUGGUUCGUGGUUCAUGACGGAUUUGUACCUGCGCGAGCUAUUUGGACGCAACGACCACCGCUUUCGCCUCAAGAGGAUGGUUGACAAGGCCGUACAGAUGGAUAGCCGCCGGCCGUCAUUAUUUAGGCUCGGCGAGCUUCUCGUCUUGGAUCCUGCGGAACAAGAAUUCAUGGAGCUCAAGGCGCCUCUCAUUCUCUCAAUCCUCCACAACAGGCUUGUUAAGCAGAGCGGCAAGAAUGGCGUGGACCGCUGCCUCUAUCGCCUACUUAUGAAUGCUCGUACCGAAAAACUGCCGAACGGCGCAAUCACUACGGAUGGGUUCUUAGACAUCUGUGAAAAGGUUGGCCACCAGAAGCUUGAGAAAUUCUACCAUCAAUGGAUAUACGGCUCUGGAUGUCCAACAUUUCAGAUCUCGGCAAGCUUUAGCAAGAAGCGGCAAGCAGUCCAACUCACUAUCAAGCAAACCCAGUCCGAUUCAACAUUAAGACACGAUGAUCGUCCUCUAGAGGUCACCGACUUCAUGAGAGAGGCUAAAGAAAGGUCUCAUGGCUUUACCCCAAGCUCGGAUAAUCCUGCCUUCAACGGACCUAUGACUGUUAGGAUUCACGAAGCAGAUGGAACACCGUACGAGCAUAUUGUGGAUAUCAAUUCCUCUUUGGUUAAGGUUGAGAUUCCCUAUAACACUAAGUAUAAACGUCUUAAACGCAAUAAACUCCUGAAAGAGCGAGCCGCUGCCGCCGAAGGCCGGGACAUCACUGGCGAAGCCCAAGAUGAUGUUACUAUCUACGCUCUUGGAGACAUUUUCAACACAAUUGCCGAGGCUACUGAAUGGAAGCUCUCUGAGUGGUCCCCAGACGAUGAAGCUCGGAUGGAUGAAGAGUACUACGAAUGGAUUCGAGUGGACGCGGAUUUUGAGUGGAUUUGCCGAGCUACCAUUGUCGACAUGCCGUCCUAUAUGUAUGUGUCGCAACUCCAGCAGGACAAGGACGUGAUAGCCCAAGCAGAGUCUAUCCAGUACCUAGCUCUCAAAGAAGGGCACCCCCUCAUAUCCAGCAUUCUAGUCAGGACGCUAAUGGACGGCCGAUACUUUCACGGCAUACGUACCAUGGCUGCCGACGUCAUGGCCAACAGUGCGAAGGAGCACCUUGACUGGAUAGGCCUCUUCCAUCUUGAAAAAUCUUUCCGGGAGCUUUUCUGUAUCCCAGGUUCACCCAUGACUCGAUCGAACGACUUCUCCGACAGAAGCAUGUACAUUAUUCAGUGCGCCAUUCCUCGGGCAAUUGCUAAGGUCAAGGGGAAUGACGGAAAAGCGCCCAUGCGAGCGAAGCGAUUCUUGCUUGAUGCGAUGCGCUACAAUGACAACCGCGGUAACGACUACAAGGACGACUACUAUCUUGCGACGCUAAUGUCCUGCCUUGCCCAGAGCCUCACGGCUGACUGGAAACGUCGCGGUAAUGACUACUUUGCCAUGGACAUGGAGGACGAGGCAGACGAAAUCGAGUUCACAAGAAAGGCAAUUGAGGAACUUGGCCGGGCGCAACGGCUCGACGAAUGGGUUCCAACUCAUCGGAAUAUCCACACGUUGACGGCAAUUAGUGACUCUCUGGUGUUGAUGCGAAAUAAGAUCUUGCCGCCCAAGCCUUCGGAAUUUCUGCAAUACGCAAAGGCGGGCAAUGCGGAUAACGUGCGUUUGAAGGCCUGGGACGCGCUGAUUGAGAUGGGAAUGGCCAAGAAUUCCAGCAUUCUGCUCCUCAUGUUGGAGGAAAUUGCAUCCGAUCCCUCUCCUUACUUCCGUGGCGAACUCCUCCGCGUGUUUGGCAAAGCCGUUGGACAAGUCGCCAUCAACGAAGUACCUGCCUCUGAAAGGUCUGUGCGCGCCGUCAACGACUCACUCGUGGUCGAGGAAGAGCAAGGCAUCACUGAACGAGAAUUGGAACUCGCCAGAAAGACACUCUAUGGAGCUCUAGCGGGUCUGAAACAAGACAUGAAAGCAGACGCGGCGUUCCGGAAGGCAUUGGAAACAGCACUCACAUCGACCACGACAUCUCUUCGAGACAUCUCGGAGCUGUUGGAAGUUGCAAACCUCGUCUAUGCGCCUGUCGAUAAGCUCGAAGUGCGGGUUUCCUUGCCGCGCUAUUGGGGCUUGCAGAAUCUCGGUGGCGGGAAGGUACGGUUUUAUCGGACGAGUAAAGUUAGACUUACACCAAGGGCCCCGAGGAUGCCGGCUGUGCAGACUGUGAAGGAGAGACCGGCACCGAAGAGACAGCGUACGAUGCUUAAUCUCUCAUUCAAUCAACCUCCACCGACGGUGGCGGCCGCACCUAUGCCAGUGCCAGCCACCGCACCAGCUCCGGCGACAGUACAAGUGCCUACGCCUGUACCCUUACCAACUCCCGUCAUUUCAAAAGCUGUAUCGCUACCGGUUCCAGUUCCAGUUCCAGUUCCGGCUCCGGCUCCGGCUCCGGCUCCAGUUCAAGUUCCAGCUCCAGCUCCAGCUCCAGUUCUAGUUCCAGUUCCAGUUCCAGUUCCAGCUCUAGCUUCAGCUCCAGCUCCAGCUCCAGCUCUAGUUCCAGUUCCAGCUCCAGCUCCAGCUCCCGUUGUAGUUCCAAUUCCAGUUCGAGCACCCAUGCCAAUCAAACUCCGAAUUCCAACCCCAACACCCGCGCCCGCAUCCACCCCAACCAUCACACCAACUCCGCCUCCUCCCGCUCCCACGGCAACUGCAUCCCAUAAACCAAAGACUAAGACGAAAGCAAAGCCACACAAGCCCCAACUCAUUGUUAAACUCCACCUCCGGCCCGACAAACUCGCUCUCUUUAAAGUCUCAGAUCCGCCAGCAAAGAAGCGUAAAGCAUCCGAUCUUUCCAACCCUCUGGACGUCAAUGAGCGUCCGUUGAAGAGGCAGGCUAGUGUCGAAUUAUUGGGCAAUAGUGGGUUGGUUAAGCAGGGGAGUGUGGAUACUGCGGGUACGGUGAAUGCGAGUGUCAGCGAAGGGACUCGUGGUAUGCCGGCGCCGCCGCAGAAACGCUUGUUGCUGAAGUUGAAGAUUGGAGAGAAGGCGAGGGCUUUUUCUUCGGGGUAAGGGGCAGGGGCGCGGGAGGGGGAAAUGAGAUGAUAGAUGGGUGGGUGGUGGGCCGGCAGAUUCUUUGGGGUGUUUCUCUUCUUCCUUCUCACCUGCGCAUUUGCGGCCUAGGUUUCGGUGUUUUAUAGCUGGCUAGCUGGUUACUCUAUCUACUUGGGAAAACAUGGGGCUGGAGUUUCGGCGGUACGCAUGCAUGGCACAGUUGAUUGGUGGGAUUUAUCUCUCUGCAUUCAUCUAGCGAUGGCGUCUAUUUUAUAUACCUACUUAUUGUGGCUGGGGAUUGGCAUUGUGGGAUUGGGAAAUACCC